GAGACAAACCAUUCGACUUGUGGUGUCUGCAUCAAGUCUGAACGCAGAGGCUCAAUUUUAGCAGAAUCCACUUUAAAAUCUCUGCCUUAACUCCAGCAUACCUGCCAAAACAAGCUGGAAUUUGAGAAGCAAAAGAUCCAUUGAUUUUUGGAGUUAAAAAGGCUAUAGUAUAUCUUCUCUGCAAAAAGACCAAACAAACAAACAAACAAAAAAAAAACUAAAAUAAGGAAGAGAAACAGAGAAGCCAUUUGGAAUAGAGUGAGGAUAAGUGCUCUCGAAGCAGAAACAUUGAUGAUGACUAUGACUACGAUGGCUGACGGUCUGGAAGCCCAGGACUCGUCCAAGUCUGCUUUCAUGGAGUUUGGUCAGCAGUCCCACUCACAGCAGAGCUCCCCGUCCAUGGCAGCCAGCCACUACCCGCUUCACUGCCUGCACUCUGUGUCUCAUUCUCACCACCAGCACGAUAGCUCCCCGUAUUCUGGUACGAAUUCUUACAACAGAUCGCUACCUUACCCCUACGUGAGUCAUUCCCACCACAGCCCCUACAUGCCAUCUUACCACAAUAACAGUACUGCCAGCCAGACACGGUUAGACGACACAGAACAGCAGAAAACGACAGUGAUUGAAAAUGGAGAAAUUCGUUUUAACGGAAAGGGAAAGAAGAUCCGAAAACCGAGGACGAUUUAUUCGAGUCUUCAGCUUCAGGCUUUAAAUCAUCGCUUUCAACAAACCCAGUACCUGGCCUUGCCUGAAAGAGCGGAGCUAGCAGCUUCUCUUGGACUGACCCAGACACAGGUGAAGAUAUGGUUCCAAAAUAAGCGAUCCAAAUUUAAGAAGUUGCUGAAACAGGGUAUUAAUCCGCACGACAGCGACCCUUUGCCAGGAUCCAUGGCCCUUUCGCCCAGGUCACCUACCAUCCCGCCUAUCUGGGACGUUUCUGCUACCACUAAAGGAGUCAACAUGCCCCCUAACAGUUACAUGCCCGGUUAUUCCCACUGGUACUCUUCGCAACACCAAGAUACAAUGCAGAGACAAAUGAUGUGAUGUCUUUUGGAUUAGUAACUUUAAAACACGUUUCAUUUCGGACAAUAGUCCUUCAUAUAGGAGAAAUUACAUGUACCAUACCUGGCUAAAAGGAUGUAAGACCCAUAAACUAAAACACCUGAAGUACAUGAAUUUCUGACAGCUUCAACACAAGCAAGUCACAUUGCCGCAACCUAUACAUUUGAACGGGUUUGAACGGGUUAGGUGGUGCACCUAUGCGGCACUUCAAUGGCAACUUCCCAAUGGAACCAAAUUUGAAAAAUAUGACAUCUUGUUCCUCAGUGGGGAAACUUAAACUUACGUUUUCUUAAAGGAAGGUGCACCUCUCUAAAUGCCAAAUCGAAUAAGACUUUGCUACAGUUGUAUGCCUGAAUGAUGCGAACAAUUUAAAGAAGAUAGAGCCUGUCAUGUGAAGUCACGAUAAUAAAGACCCUGAAAAACAGAAGGAAAAAAACUUGAAAGUGUAUUGUUCGGAGAUGAGCAUGGCUGAAUUAGUUAUACACGGAAGCAUUUUACAGACAGUGUGUAUGUAUAUAUUGUUGAAUUUUAGUUGUAUAUAAUUUAUGUUUUAUGUCAUCUUUCAUAUAUGCAGUAAAAAAAAAAAAAAAUCACAAAACGUCCAAGUGUUUUAUAUUUUAGUAUUACUUUACGAUGCACUGUAGAAUGUUAUUUAAUUUCUUUUUAAUGUUGAUUAAAAAAUGGUUGAGUUAGGAACAAUGGCUCCUACAACUCUUGAACAGUUGCAUUAUUUAAAAUAAAUAUGGUAUAUUUGUUUAUUUUUGGUUUAACUUAAAAGGUUACAGAACAAAGAAAACGGUGUUGAAAGUGGUGGUUGGUUAAUUCAUAUCCAAAGGUUAUAACAGAGAAGGACUUGUUAUCAGUGUGUACAGGUUCUCAGUUACCAGUAGGCCUAACUUAAAAAUAAAUAAAUAACUGUCGGCUGGUUUCACAGAAUCAGAUUAAUAGAAUAAGACAGUCUGACUAGGUAAAGGGGACAUGU